AUGUCUGGCAGAAACGUAGACCAGGGCGAGAUGCGCCGUCAAGCACUCGAGAAGCAGCGCAGAGAGAUGCUCGAAGAGUUUGAGCGUCAGAAGCGAGCUCUUGUCAAUGAAACCGAAAAGGCGCGACCUACGGCGUCUCGACGAGUUCACACAGAAGAGAAAGGACUUGGAAGAGGCAAAGGCGCGCGAAGCGCUCGCACAAAUGAGCUGAAAGAGGAAAAACGCGUCAAGAAGCGUAAGAAAGUCGUCAAAUCUAAGCUCUCGUUUGCCGGAGAUGAUGAAGAGAAUGAAGACGAUGAGGGCGAACAAGAUGCUGAAGAGCCUCCUUCCAAGAAAGCCAAAAAGGUUGCAAAGAAUCCGACCGUCGACACAUCCUUCCUCCCUGAUCGCGAAAGAGAGCAAAAGGAGCGAGAAAUGCGAGAGGCACUUCGACAAGAAUGGCUUAGGAAACAGGAGGAAAUCAAGGCCGAGGAGGUUGAAGUGGUCUACAGCUAUUGGGAUGGCAGUGGUCAUCGCAAAAGCGUCAAGGUUAAGAAGGGUGACAAGAUCUCGACGUUUCUGGAAAAGGCUCGCCAACAGUUCCCGGAACUCCGCGGCAUCAACGUCGAUAAUCUCAUGUAUAUCAAAGAGGAUCUGAUCAUUCCGCACCACUACACCUUUUACGACUUUAUCGUCAACAAGGCGCGCGGAAAGAGUGGCCCUUUGUUCAACUUUGAUGUACACGACGAUGUUCGACUUCUCGCCGAUGCCACGUUGGAGAAAGAUGAGUCUCAUGCUGGAAAGGUAGUCGAAAGAAGUUGGUAUCAGCGUUCCAAACACAUUUUUCCUGCCUCUAGAUGGGAAGUAUUCGAUCCAGAAAAGAACUAUGGAAAGUAUACCAUUGCGUAA